AUGAAAUCCGUAUUGGGACUUAAAUUGCCGGGUCUUUCUUCGUCGGAGACCUCUUUUGAAAAAGCAUCCAAAUUACAGGCAACACCAGAAUCAGGGAAACCUCAAAAUGAUGUUUGGGAGCCGUUGAGGCCUUUGCUCAUUUUACUAGAUUGUCAUCGGCGGAAAUCUUAUCUUUCAUGGACCGAUGUGGGUGAGAUUUUGCUGCAAGUCGGUGGUCAAUCAGACGUGGUGCCGGUUACAAGCGUGGCUUUGAGGGGCACAGAAUUGCAAUUGGUGGUGCAGCCGAAAGCUCACGAAUACGACAACUGUAUGAUGCUAGACGUGGCAAAUGGAAUUUCGCCCAUGAGCUGGAGAUUGGAACAGACCUCGCUCGUUUUGAAUGACGGAGCCCUGACGUUGUGGUGCCGUUCCUUGGAAGGGCAGGCAGACUUACGUCUUCUGUACGAUAUGUGCAUGCUCGCGAGAUUCGAGUACAUGUCGCUAUACAAGGCGCUGACGGCUACGGUGAUUUCGACGCAUGGAAGCCAGAUGUCGGACAUUGCAGCCGUUUUACUCGCUCAGCAUAGCUACAAGGACUGGUGCUACAUCAGCAUCGAUGGGGAAUGGGUCAAGGCGUGGUGCCAUAUCGACCGGAGCCCCAAACGUGCGGGCUGCCACGACGGACGCCAUCAGAUCAAGUUUUUCCGGGACUCGAAAUCGCUUAAUUCCAAAAACCUGCUUUGCUUCAUACCGGAUUGUGGUGAAGUCGAAGAUUUGUUUUUCGUAGCUGAUCAAGAUGACGAUGUGACACAAGUGGAUCUUGCAGACAGGUAUGGAGCAGGGUUUUCAUCUCAUCUCAAGGGAACUGGUUCCCUUUCGGACUCUUUUGAAUCGUCAAUGGCGAGCCUGCUGUCGAAACUCACGACAGUCCGUAUAGUGGGAGAUGUUUACUUACCCGCUGAUGGCGCUAGCUCCGAGUCUAGUGGUAGCAAAUCCUCGAUUCUAGGGUCUGGGCCUUUCUCUCCGAAGAAGAAGCGCCGGAAUACGGUUUCGUUUAACGGAAGUAGUACAUCGUCAAGUGAGCGCUCCACACCAAGCCACAAGCGCUCGGUAUCGAUGAGCUCCUCCGUGCACCAUCCGCAAGCGAGCGACUAUGACAACAAAAGGUCUGAAAUCCUGAUAAAACCUAUCGCACACAGCGGAGUCAACCACCUGGAGUCGCUGAUCCGCUGUGCGCUGCCUAUGAUGAGCUGUCUGAGCUUGUACGGCAGGCCCGUGCAUUUCAGCAACUCUCGUGACGAUCCAAACUCACUUUUGUUUGGCCUUCCUCGGCUACCCGUUGUUGACUAUUUUGCUAGAGAAGAGAUUAGGCCGUUGUUCGAGUAUCUCGAAACAAGUGUCGGAGAAUCCGAGUCGCUAAACAAGACGCUAGCUGCACAAAAACAGUUUUUGGCGCAACAAUUGGCCGAUCCAAAUCGUCGCAACCGUACUUUCACUACACUCGAGGAUAUGGUUCGUACCGGAUCAGAUUUUUCGGUUUUCACAAGCUCAACCACUGGCUCAGUCAGCAAUUCGCCGUUGAUAUAA